GCCGGGCAGCCCAUCAGUUACUGGCAAGUGCAGUUCAGUUUCGCUGUUGGGUUACGCUGAGAAGGAAGGAGCACUGAGCUUGUGGAGCCCGGCGCCACCUGCCGCGUCAGACAGCCUGAUACUCAUGGACAUUGGAUGGACCAGAGGCAGGGAUGGUCGGCUAUGAUGCCAAAGCAGAUGCCAGGAGUAACUCCAAGUUGGAGGUGGCGGUGGCAGGCUCAGUGUCUGGAUUUGUCACUCGCGCCCUGAUCAGCCCUUUGGAUGUCAUCAAGAUCCGCUUCCAGCUUCAGAUUGAGCGCCUGUGUCCAAGUGACCCCAACGCCAAAUACCACGGGAUCUUCCAGGCAAUCAAGCAGAUUCUACAGGAGGAGGGCCCUUCGGCUUUCUGGAAAGGGCACAUUCCAGCACAGAUCCUGUCCGUAGCCUAUGGAGCCGUCCAAUUUCUGUCGUUUGAGGAGCUGACUGAGCUACUCUACAGAGUCAACUUGUAUGAGACUCACGAGUUCUCAGCGCACUUCGUAUGUGGCGGCUUGUCUGCUGGCGCAGCCACCCUUGCUGUACACCCUGUGGAUGUCCUGCGUACCCGCCUCGCAGCUCAGGGCGAGCCUAAGAUCUAUAACACCCUGCGAGACGCCAUUUCGACCAUGUACAGGACCGAGGGCCCCUUGGUCUUCUACAAAGGCUUGGCUCCCACGGUGAUAGCCAUCUUCCCCUACGCGGGCCUGCAGUUCUCCUGCUACCGGUCCUUGAAGCACGCCUACGACUGGGUCCUGCCUCCGGAUGGAAAGCAGACAGGGAACCUGAAAAACCUGCUCUGUGGCUGUGGCUCUGGAGUCAUCAGCAAGACCCUCACGUAUCCCCUGGACCUCUUCAAGAAGCGCCUGCAGGUGGGAGGGUUCGAGCAUGCCCGGUCUGCCUUUGGCCAGGUGCGGAACUACGGGGGCCUCCUGGACCUCACCAAGCAGGUGCUACAAGAUGAAGGCACCCUGGGCCUCUUCAAGGGCCUGUCCCCCAGCCUGCUGAAGGCUGCCCUCUCCACGGGCUUCAUGUUCUUCUGGUACGAGCUCUUCUGUAACCUCUUCCACUGCAUAAGGAGAGAAGACAGAUAGCUGUGAGGGCAGGAGGGGCCUAAAGUCUGCACUGGAGGCGCCUCUCCCAACCAGACUUGUUCUGAGCUUGGACUGGAUGGUGGCUGCUGCCUGGUUGGCCUUCUAGGCCGGCUGUCCUGGGCAUGAAGAGUUAUCCAUGGCUGAUGGCAGAAGGCCAAGGGCCUUUUCUGAAAAGAACAGAGAAGGGAGUGCUUGGGCUGUAGAAGCAAGGCCACCGAGGAGGAGCCUAGCAUUGUUUGUCUGUCCAGCUAGGAGUCAGCUAUCCUCUGCUUUGUAGUCCUGUUUUUGGGGGAGAACUCUCCCAGUCCUGGUAAGAGCAGGGCUUGGGUACAGAGGGGAAAGACUGGGCUCUUUGUAGAAUUCUAACCCACAACUUGGCGUUUCUCCUACCAACUUAUUUAACAGACAUUAAAGCGAAAGGCACAUUUACGUCA